GUGACCUGGAGGUGAAGCUGAACAACCAGCUGGAACUUCUGAGGAAAUCCGAGGAAGACUAUUAUGAGUGCGUCAAGGAACCGGGUGCCCACAAGGAGGCUCUGAGGCAGCCGAUAGAGGAGCUCACCACGGAGGCUGCGGAGGAGAGGUUGCAGGUAGAGUUGGAAGAGCUGCAGAACCAGUGUGAGGGCUGCAAGACCUCGGCCUCCGAUAUGGGUCAGCUCACCGCGGAUAAAGAGCGCCUCGAGCUCAACCUCAUCAGCGAGCACAGCGAGAUUCACACAUUGAUUGCCAAACGUGACGAGCUCUGCCAUAAGGUCCAAGUGCUGGAGAAAGAGAACGAGGGCCUCAAGUGCAAGCUCAAGUCUGCCAACGAGGACUGCGCAAAGAAGCUCCGAGCUGCUUUCGCCUCCAAUUAUUCCGACAUGAAUAUGAAGUCUGUAGAAAUGAAGAAAUCAAAGCUUGCUUCGAGAGAUGAGGUUGCCAUAUGGAAAGAGAAAUGCCUCAACCAGCUAUCUCUUCCUUAUGGCCUCUGUGAUGUGGAAGAGAAUCUCGGAGGCUAUGACCAGCAAAGUUUGCUGCUUCCGGCGAAGACUGUGCUCCUCUUUGGCAGCCACUCUCCGUUGCGCCGUGGUUAA